CGUUGUGCCACUUGAACGAGGUUAUUGGGCACCCCAAAGCCACGAUGACUCGAGCGAUCAGGGGCAGAAUUGUCUUCCAACUACUGCGAAACCUGAGAAAUAGCGGGAUCGAUGGCGAGUGGAAUCGUCCUACCCAGUCUUCUCCCGACGUAGUGUGGUGUUGAACUCUGUCGGUGAAUAGCAUGAUGCGUCCAUUCUAAUAGAAGACGACACCUCCCCGUUUCUCGGAAGUGCUACAUAGAGAGACACAGGCCCAUAAUAGUUGACCGAGGGAGAAAGAAAUUGCUGCAACUGUGGUUGGUGGGUUGGGGAGCGGCAUGGCGGUGGAGGCGGAAGCGUCUCCAAAACUUAAUCUCUCGCAGACGGACAUCAACUGGGACAGGUUGGAUAAGACAAGGUUUCAUGUUAUUGGCGCUGUCCUUUUCACCAUUCAGUCAGCCUUUCUUCAUCCAAUAGCAGUUGUGAAGACUAGAUUGCAGGUUGCUGGUUCUGGUUUUGAUCACAUGCAUGGCUUUUCUCUAUUUCAAAAUAUUUUGAAGAACGAUGGGGUUCGUGGAGUUUUCAGAGGUUUUGGCACAGCUGCCAUUGGAUCAAUGCCCGGUCGAGUGUUGUACUUAACAUCCCUUGAAGUUUCGAAGAAUUUGGUAUUGAGAUCCAUCAAUGACUCAGAUAUGCCUGAGGCAACCCGGAUCGCUUUGGCAAAUGGUGUAGCAGGUUUGGUGUCCAAUCUAGUUUCAGGUGCAUAUUUUGUGCCUUUAGAUGUGGUUUGCCAGCGACUAAUGGUGCAAGGACUUCCUGGAACCAUACCAUGUAGUGGUCCAUUUGAUGUUAUCCGAAAAGUGCUGAAUGCUGAGGGCUUCCGUGGAUUAUAUAGAGGUUUUGGAAUGACAAUUGUUACCUACUCUCCUGCAUCAGCAUUAUGGUGGGGUGCGUAUGGCGCGGCACAACAUGUCAUCUGGAGGAGCUUGGGGUACCAAAAUGAUGGAGGGAAAAGCCCAUCUCAUUUAGAGAUGGUCACAGUUCAGGCAGCAGCAGGAACAAUGGCUGGUGCCUGCUCAUCAGUUCUUACAACUCCAUUGGAUACGAUAAAGACAAGGCUUCAGGUCAUGGAUAACUAUGGUGUUGGAAGGCCAUCGGUUGUUAAAACAGCCAAUAUACUUCUUAAAGAAGAUGGUUGGAGAGGCUUUUAUCGAGGGUUUGGACCUCGGUUUCUCAAUAUGUCAUUAUGGGGAACCACCAUGAUUGUGACUUACGAAUGGAUAAAGAGACUAUCAGUGAAGCAGGAUUGACUUCUGGUCUUAAAAUUGCGCUGCAUCAAUUGAGUCGAAGAAUCCAGCCCCUUACCUGGUUCUAUUGGCCAUGGACGGCUUCCUGGAAACAAGUACCCUUCAAGCAUCUAUCAACACGUAUGAUUGAAGGUGGUUUUCCCUUUGUUUUUGCUCCACCGGCCUUUACCAUGUAUUGAUGUCCAUUAGAAAAAAAUUUGUGAAACUGAUUAUAUUGUAUUUAAUCAUAGAAUCUAGUUCAGAGCCCAUUCAUGUGUAACUUGUCACUUCUACGUACUUUAAUUCUGUGUAACUGGAUUAGUUGCCAACUUGAACCUAAGCUUGGAGGGCAGUUGAGCAGAAUUUGUAUGAAUCUCUGUGUCGUCCUGGAAAAUGGAUCAGCCAAAACUGAAUUUAAAACUCCGUUAGGGAUU